AUGCCGCACUCAACAACUCUUUCAACGAUCGUCGACAACACUUUAUUCAAUCUCUUGAUCCCGCAUUCGCUAAUUGUAUGUCUCCCCCCUCUAUAUACAAGGCCUCCUCAAUGGACUUUACCCCACCUCCAAAAUACCAAGAGAAACCAACAAACCCAUCACUCUAUCCAAGUUUUACUCCUCAUACUAAAUAGGUUUCUCACCAACGACCAAAGAAUCCAAUACAUUGUUGAAGAUUUCUCACAAUCCCAUUUGCCUAGAGAAUUAUAUGCUGAAGGCCCCAAAAUUAAAUUAAGAGAAAGAGUCCAAUCGUUGGAAGGACCCUAAUGGUCCUAUGAAAACAGGCCCAAAUUGAGAAAAGAUCAAGCCAACCAAGCAAAUUAAUAUAAUAAAAGUAUAAUAGACGACACUGCCAAAGAUAUGACUAUGGUCUAUUUCCCGCAAUGGAAAACACAUUCCAAAGACAAAUGGAAAACUGAAAGAGGAUUUCUCACUACUGUUUAUCCAAAACCUACAGAACCCCAAUAUUUUACCGAUGUCUACAUCGAAGGCUUUGAAGCUUUAGGCGAUUUCUCUAGGAAAUUUGAAAAAGAUGAGCUCAAUCCCAAAGAUUUCAGAUGCACAAUCAAAUCAACUCAUGAACCCAUCCCAUCAAUUUCAAUCAGAAAAGCCAUAUAAGAUAGUGUUUACAACAAAUUAUUUCACUAAAAUUCAAACCCUUCAGAUAUCAGCACCAAUACUAGAUAUCCUAAAAUUUAUAAUAAAUCUAUAAGGCAGGAGAUCAUUUCUAUAGCAAAAAAAGUAGAUUAAAAAUGA